AUGGCGGAGCCACCAGCAGCAGCCACGACGGAAGUCCCAGCCAAGACCGAGACCACAGCACCAGCACCGGCAGCAGCAGAAGCAACACCGGCAGCACCAGCACCAGCAAAGUCCGCAGCCCCGGCCAAAAAGUCGUACUCGACCGACCCGGCCCUGUACAUAUACACGUCCCUCACGGCCGGCUCCUCGCACAUUGUCACGGCCACGUCGCGGCUCGAGACCAUUCUCAAGGCCAACCGCGUGCCCUUCAAGGCCCUCGACAUUGCCGUUGAUGAAAAGGCCCGUAUGCUAUGGGGCCGACGCGCCGGCAAGGAUGAGAGCGGCCGGGUGAGGAAGUUGCCUGGUCUAGUGCAAAUGGGUAUGGUGCUGGGUGACCUUUUUGAAAUUGAGGAAUGGAACGAGUACGGCGAGCUCAAGCAACACGUCAAGAUUUACUACGACGAAUUCACAAUACCGGCCAAGGGCGCCAAGCAAGUCCCAAACAAGCUGAAGAAGCCCGUCUAUGGCAACUCGGUAGCGCCUAGCAAGGUGGCACCGGCCGGCGGCGUCGCAACAGCAGCAACGUCGUCGGGUCCGCCCAAGGCCAUACCCGCUGCGCCGCCCCUGCCAGAGAAGAAGGCGGGCGGCGCCCCGGCCAACACGGCCGGAGCCAACAAGGCAGCCGGCGCCGCGACCCCCGCUGCGCCCACCAUGAGUAUCGCCGAGCAGGCAGCACAGAAGGCCGAGCAAAAGGCGCAAAAGGCCAAGCAGGCCCGUUUGGAAAGUCUUAGAGCGAAGGUCCACGGGGCAAAGGAGGCUAGAGAGAAGGAGGCUGCCGCCGCUGCCGCUGCCGCCAAGGACGGCACGGGCGAGGAUGCCUUGACCGUUUCGACAUCGCCGAGCGCAGAAGCACCAGCGGGUGCGGCAGCCCUGCAGUCGCCAACCUCGGGUGCCUGGAAAUCGUCAGGGGCUCCGCAAGAGGACAGUCUCCGGAACGUGCUGCAAUCCCCUACGUCGGGAACUUGGAAAGCCGGCGACACUAUCGUGGAUCUCCCGGUCCGGGAGCAUCGUGGAUCGUCCAUUGUUGAGGCCUCAAAAGAAGAGAUUGCCGCUAUUGAAAAGGCCGGGGCCAUUCCAGAAGCUGCAGUGGAGUCGUCGGGCGAAGAGGACGAGACGAAGAAAUAA